CGGCCGACGACGCCGCCAAAACGCCCCCAGAGCGCCUCCAGAGGUUCCGUAGCCAUUUUGGCUCAAGCAGGGGCCUCGAAGCUUGCAGCGGGUGGCCGCCAGCCUGCCAGAAGGCACCCCGCCAAUCAUGCUCAGCCCGCGCGCGAGGUCUCAAGACAUGGAGGGGCCUCUCGCCGCACAGGGGAAGGGCAAGGUGGAGUGCCUCGGACCGCACGUGCCCAGCUCGGCCCCCACGCGCUGCCCCACGCUCGACGACUUGCUCACGCUCGACGACGACCAGGACGCCGAUGCGCACUCGGAGGACUGGGGCGUCGCUGCGCUUUCGAGGGGCGGCGAUGAGCCGGCGCUCCUCAAGACGGCGCUCUUCGAGACCGUGCCCGUCAGGGACGAGCGCCCCGGGAGGGGGUCUGCGAUGCCAGCGCCCCCGCCGAGGCGCCUCCGGUCCGAGGCGUACUGGGAGCUGAAGGCUGCCGCCGCGCGGCGGUUGGCGUGCUCGCCUUGGGAGGUGGGCGUGCGGCCGCGUUGCCCGCGCGUCGACGAAGGCGGCUACCUCGGGCCCGCGGCGGCCGCGCCGGCGGCAGCGGAGGGCGCCGAAGGCGAGGGACCGGCGGCGGCCGAGCCCCCAGCAGCAGGAGCCGCCCAGGGCGGAGGCGCCGAGGGCGGCCCCAGGAGCUGGGCGGGCGCCAUCUCAAGGGAGUUGCGCCGCGGGGCGCUCGUGCUGGUUGUUGCGCCUCUGGCCUCGCCGCCGGCUGCGCCGCCGCGGUCGCCCUCCGCAGCAGUCGGUGCCGCCCUGAGGUCGCGUGGCCGGUCGUACCACCCUUCUAGGGGUUGCUAGGAGCCGCUAGUCAGUGUCAAGUUUUACGUCUUCCCGACUCCGGUUCCCAUCCUUGUGGCGGCCCUCAACCCAGGUGCUGGGGCGUUCUGACUAAAAUGCCCAUAUGAGGUUGCGGCACGUUCUGACUAAAAUGGCCAUGUGAGGUUGCGGUACGGGCCAAGGCCCGCCCUCUUCUUCAUACAGCGUGCAAGCAGUCCCUGGCAGGAUUGGGAGCACGUGCGCGGUGAUGAGAAAAACAAUUUGAGGUUGCCACUACAGGGUUAGCCUCCGCACAAGUGGGACUGGGGUUCCAAACGCCCGCCCAGAUUCGCGUGGCUGGUCGUGCCACCUUGCUGUGAUUUGCUAGGAGCCGCUGGUCACUGCAAGCAGUUGGGAGCGAACUUCCGGACUGCCGGUGCAACCGCCAGCGGCUCCGAGACCAAGCCGUGCCAUUGCUCUUUUUCUUUCGCUCUUGGCCGCCUGCAGGCCACGUGGCGCCCCCCUCACCCGCGUGCUGGGACGCUCUGACUGGGAGG